AUGGAGUUUCACAGCAGUAGAGAAAUCCAGGGCCUGCGGCAGGACGCUCACUGCCGCUUCGCGCCGUGCUUCACAGCCUCUGGAGAAACGGGAUCCGACCUCAACGUGUCCCUCCGCCCCGACCUCAUCCCUCGCACCCUCACCCCUAAAGUCUCUCGGCGGCCAGUCACGGUACCGCGCGCUCUCGCGAGACUCCUCCACGCAGCCCCCCUCGCCUCUCCUCGCCCCGCGAGGCCUUACCUCGUCCCGCUGCUUCUUCUCCUCCCCACCCCCAACCCUGGCCUAGGCCCUCGGCAGCCUCGUGUGGAGGAGUCCGGAGUGCCGCGGGCGCUGCUGGGAGCCGCCAAGAGCCCGGUCCCGGCUUCGGACACUCCUGCCCCGGCUGGACACCUGCAGCGGCCUGGACCCGAACCGAGAGCCCUGGGCCGGCCGCGCCUCCGGUGCCUCGCGGACACACCCCCUCCCGCUCCCCGCCUUAGCCCAGCCCGACCUCAGUCCCUGUGUUCCCUCCUAGCCCAGAGUCCGGUUCUCUUCCCGACCUUGGCCCCUAGAGAACGAACCUCAAGGGAGGGGGCACAGCUUGAUUGGAGAAGAGGGCGGGUUUGCAGACUUUUGGGGUGGAUGCACAUUCACCUUGUCAAGAUUCUAAUAAAAAUUUGAUUAAUCA